AUGGGUUUGCUGGGAACACCUYACAGAACAACCUAUSCAAACAGCUUCAACCUCAUCCCAGUGGAAGCAGACCCUCCUCGUUUUGUUUCUUGGCAGCAUGUACUGCUAGGGGCCAGCCGCGCAGACAAGGCCACGAGCCAGUCCAGUCGCUCUCUGGGGGCUCGCUGCAGGAACUCCAUCGCCUCCUGCUCCGACGAGCAGCCACACAUCGGCAACUACCGUCUACUCAAGACCAUCGGCAAGGGGAAUUUUGCCAAAGUGAAGCUGGCCCGCCACAUCCUGACAGGCAGGGAGCUGUUCCGUGAGGUUCGAAUAAUGAAAGGCCUGAAUCACCCUAACAUAGUGAAGUUGUUCGAGGUGAUUGAGACGGAUAAAACCCUUUACCUGGUCAUGGAAUAUGCCAGUGGAGGGGAAGUGUUUGACUACCUCGUGUCUCAUGGAAGGAUGAAGGAGGUGGAAGCCAGAGCCAAGUUUCGACAG